AUGCUUCUUUUUCUCCUCACCUUCAGCAUUGGCACUCAUGGACAGAACAGUGUCGAAACAACCCCAGCGCCUACCACUUUAUCCACCGCUCUCCCGACGGACUCUGCCGGCCUGUCCAGCUACUUUGCUUCCUUUGUGAGCUCCUUUUCGUCCGAGGUUAGCGCCUACGAAAGCGCUUCUGCCACCUCAACCACUGAUCCCAACGGUCAAGCUUGCAACAGCCUGCUUGAUGUGCUAUUGACCGUUUGCCCGACCAGAGAAAUCGCUACAGCACCAGACAGCUAUGAUUCCAUUUGCUACUGCAGCCUUUCUUCUGCCCUGAAUAGCCCCCUGUACAAAGGAUGGCUGUCUAGCUGUGACGCCUACGGACAGACUGCCUCUACUGAGAAUUAUACCGGGACUUACAACACGCGGCUUUCUGCCUCUAGCCCCAGAACCUAUGAUUGUGACGCAAAAGGUGCUGGAGCUACUGCCGUAAAUACCGCGGCUGUAGCUUCGGCUUCUGCGGCUACAGGGGCUGGAGUUGCAAACUCUCUUACUGUUGGAGGUAUAAAGGCCAGCAUUGGAGCCGUCAUAGUCGCUUUGGUCAAUCUUGUACCACUCACCUGA